UUACACGCAAGACGAUAGACGGAGCUAAGAUUGAGAAUUGCUUCUGCCUGGGCGUUUCCGAAGUAGCGAGACAGACGGGACGAAAUGAAGUUUUCUGCAAAAGUGCUUUAUACUGUGAAUUACGAUCUGUAGAAGAGAGUGCAAUGUUCUCCGGGGAGAUGAAUGAGUCGACCCGCGUGUAAAGUCGCGGCGCCACGUGACUUACAUUCUCGGACAGGAGAGAGAAAGUUGAACCAGAUCAAGAAAUUUUUAUGCUUGUUGGAUGAGGAUAGAAUUAAAAUCUCAAGAAUUUCUUGAGUUACAUAAUGUGGAACGAAAACUACAGCAGAGUUGCGGUGUUGAAUGUGAUCAGAACUUUCUGGUGAUAAACGUAGUGAUCGAGGCGUUCAUCUCGUGACCAGAGGUACUGAUCAGAGAUAUUUAAGGAUUUCAGCUAUUCAGUUGAAUCAAUAUGGCUCUUGAUUUGAGCGAGGAAGGGCGUGCCAUGAUGGACUACACUUCAAUGAGCGAGAGUCCAUUAGAUCUCGAGAACAACAAUAAUAACAAUGUCAAACAUGACAAGAGAAUUUUGAAUGAGAAGGAAUCGACUAUGCAAUCGAAUUCGAAAGGAGUGCUUGCGCAGUGUUUAGUCACAGGUGCAGUAUUAUUGGUGGCAACGGGAGGCGGUAUACCGAUUGGUUACAGCGCAGUUUUGUUGCCACAAUUGUCAGAAGAAAAUAAUACUUUUCAUGUGGAUCGCGAAACUGGUUCUUGGAUAGCUGCAGUUCACAGUCUGGCUACUCCUAUCGGAGCGCUGUUAUCAGGACCGUUUCUUGAUGCGAUUGGUCGACGAGGUUGCCUUCAAUUGUCGUCAAUUCCUCUGUGCAUAGGCUGGUUGAUUAUCGGUUUGUCGAGGAAUGUGACUUCUAUUUUAGUUGGAAGAGUUAUCUGCGGUUUGUCCGUAGGAUUCAUGGCGGUACCCGCACAGGUACUGGUAGGAGAAACAGCGUAUCCAGGUCUCCGCGGCUUCCUGGUGGUUGGUUCAUUCGGCGCAUAUUGCGCUGGAAUUUUGCUGGUUUAUGCUUUCGGUGCUUCUUUUAAUUGGGACAUAGUGGCCUUCUAUGCUAUCGUACUUCCCAUUGCAGCUUUUAUUGCUCUUUGUUUGGUUCCUGAAAGUCCCGCCUGGCUUAUUAGACGGAAAAAAAUAGACAAAGCCAAGAAAGCUCUUUUGUGGCUCAGAGGCGGCAAUACUGAACAGGUGCUUGCAGAGAUAGAGCUCCUAGACACAAGCAUAAAAGCUGAUCUUGCUAGGAAGCCUGUAAAUACCUCAUUUACGAAGAGAAUCUCCUCUGCAAUGUCCACAAUUCGCGAUCCAGGCGUGUUGAAACCAUUGAUUAUUAUCAACGUAUUCAAUGCGCUUCAAUUAAGCAGUGGAACGUACAUUAUUGUCUUUUAUGCCGUUGAUAUGAUCAAGGACAUAGGCAACGGCAACAUUGAUAAUUAUUUGGCGGCCGUGGUGACGGCAAUUAUAAGAUUUAUCUUCUCUCUCGUUUCCUGUGUUUUGUUACUUAAAAUGGGUAGACGAGCUUUAGGCAUCAUUUCAGCACUUGGCACAUCCUUGGCCUCGUUGAUUCUAGCGGGAUAUUUGAUUGCUAGAAAGGAAGGAUCUUCCGUGGAUGUCUAUGUGUUGGCUGUAUGUUUGUUGUUUUAUGUUGGUGCGAAUACCUUGGGUCUGCUAAUACUUCCUGGCCUGAUGGUCGGUGAAUUGAUGCCUCUGAGAGCUCGUGGCAUCGGUGGUGGCUGUAUCUUUUUUAUCUUCAAUCUACUUCUGUUCUUUAUGACCAAAUUUUUUCCAAUGAUAAACAGUCUAGUUGGCACAACAGGAAUCUUCACUAUUUUCGGCAUCUGCUCUUUUUUGGAAGCAAUUUUUAUUUAUCUUGCUCUACCAGAAACGAAGGAUCGCACGCUUCAAGAAAUUGAAGAAUACUUUCAACAAAGUAACUUUCUAUGGAUAACCAGAACAAAAAUGAAAAGAGAGAACAUAGGUGUGCCUACAAAAGCUGAAUUUAAUUGUUUAAUCCCUUUAUCUGAGUGUAAAUAAGAAUAAAAAAACGUAAUUAGGAUUUAUG